UAAAAACGUCUGUGUUAAUUCUGCAUCUACACCCAUAUUUGUGCAAUAGCUCUCAGGACUGCUGCAACACUUCCGUGUUGUCUCUAAGUUUUAUUGAGGUUGCCGUGGUAACAGUGGAGCUGCUGGAAUCUUCCCGGCCACGCGGGGGAGCUGUCCGGAAGUGCAGAGCUCGACUCCGGUGGAGAAGCAGCUCCGUUGCUACGUCACCAUAUUUCACCGAAUGCGAUAAACUAGCGUGGAAAAUCCUGGAAGUUCAUCCUGAGGAGCUGCAAGGAAUAGACACAGAUAUGAGGGACGCUGCUCUCCUGCUCGCAUCCUGUGUAGUUGUGUGUUUCCUCCUCGGCUUCAGCCGAGCUGCCAGACAAGGACAGGACAUCAGAUGUGGAGCCUGCAGGGCUCUGGUUGAUGAGAUGGAGUGGGCCAUUUCCCUGGUAGAUCCAAAGAAAAUGAUCCAGACAGGAUCCUUCAGGAUCAAUCCGGACGGGAGUCAGUCCAUCAGAGAGGUUCCUCUGGCACGCUCUGAGGGAAACCUCCUGGAGCUGAUGGAGAGCGUGUGUGAGAGGAUGGAGGACUAUGGAGAGCGCACAGAUCCGUCCACAAACAGGAAGUCCUAUAUCAGGGUCAAGUCUCGGACUGGUGAGGCCAUGGACCUCUCAGAGGCCACACUGGACUCGAGAGUCACAUCCAGUUUAAAAUUUGCAUGUGAAACAAUUGUUGAACAUCACGAAGAUGAAAUUAUCGAAUUCUUCGCUUAUGAAGUGGACAAUGUCAAAGACAAACUCUGUAGUAAAAGGACAGACCUUUGUGACCACGCCUUAAACAUUCCCCAUGACGAACUUUGAUAUUCUCUCGUCAGAGCUGCGAUCUCUGACACAUAAACAUUUGGUGCUGUAAUGUCUCAUGACUUUGCCUCAAGAUGUAAACAAGUCUUUUUAUAUUAGAUCACAGAAAACUUCUGAGCACUUUUAGUCUAAUUAUGCAUUUUUUGGUUCCCAUCUCAUGUACUUUGUUAUGUUUGUCCACACUUUCUCUUGUCAACCCUUCAAACACUAUUUUUUGUCUUGCUUUUCCUUAAUUAAAUGUUCUAUUAAUUAUUUCUGAAGUUUGCCAUUUUUAAAAUUAGAUCAAGAUUUAGGUUUAUGUGGAGUUAGGCUCUCUAUGAUUAAAUGUUUCUUUCUGAUCAAACAAAUAUUUCAUGAGUAGUCAUUUUCCUAUCCCCCUAACAUCUGCACAUAAUCUAGCUGUAAUAAAUAAUACAAUUCAUUUACAGGGUCCUCUGACUGCAGCCUAAACCCUGGACAUUACCCCUGUUUCACAGGUUAUAUGAAUCCACACCCACAUAUAUUGCUUACAUUUUGUAUGCAUGUUUAACAAUACACAGUUUUUCUUAAUUUUGACAUGGUAGUUUUUCUAUAAUCUGGAUUACAAACAGCAUCAGAAGAAAACCUUUAAGGAAAAAAUCCUGUCCUUGAACCUUCCUCAAUUUCUAACAGGAGAAAUGUGUUUUAUAUUUUAGUUUGCCAAUAGCUUAUUCACCAUAGAAACUAAUAAAUUAAUUAAUGGCAUACAGUGGCGUAAUUUAAAACAUAAUGAAUGAAACAUUUCAAAAACUCAGAUAAAACAUUUUUAUCAAGAUUGAUGAACACUAGAACCUCUUUACAUCCGACUGGGAGAAUUUGUAUUAAGAUUUCUAGCUUUAAGUGACCUUCUGUUUCAUUGUUGGUGAUGCGUAAACUCGCUUCUAUAAAGGGAAAAAGUAUCAGUAUUGAGUAGUUUGGUUACUUGUAGUGAACAAAAAUAUAGAAAGGCUUAUUUUUUUCUUUUUUACUUAUAUUGCAUAUUGGCUUAUUUGGCUUUUUCUUUGAUUAGAACAUAAAAUCUGUGUUGUGAUAUUUAUAAUUUUAAUUUAAAUAUGACCAUGUAUGUUUUAAGUUACCCUGUCAUUGUAAUCAAACCAAACUCUUGCUACUUUACUAGAGUGAUCUGCUGUCAAAAAAGUGUCAUAAUGCAAUGUUGGUGCUGAAAGAACAAGAAGGACACAUUCUGACUUUUAUUUUGAAAAACAAAAAAAAACUUUGUAAUGUUACAAGUGUCCUGAAAUUUACACAUUUGUAUGAACUUUCUACAAUUUCAGAAUCGGUUUUCUCUUCAAAUAUAUUUUUGUGAUGUCAA